AUGGCGCGCGACGCCGACGUCGGCGUCGCGCCUACGACGUCGAGACCGGUGGACGAAGAGGCCGGGUUGCUGUCCGGUGAUGCGGGACGCGCGCGACGGCGAGCGCGGUCGUGGUUUCGACGACACCUCAACGCGUGGAGCGACGUGUGCACGCACCCGAUAGUCGUCUGCGUCGUCGUCCUGCUCGUCGUGUGCGGGUUGGUGUACGUCGAGGAGGCGCGAUCGAAGGCUGGGGACGAUGGAUCGUUCGUUCGAGUCGCGCACGAGGUCUGGCUCGGAAGCGAGAUGCCCGGGGUGAAGCGAUUGAUCUUUGAGCGGAAUCGAAAGGUGUUGGAGGCGAGCGGGUGGCGGAUGAAACUGUGGACGGAGGGAGACAUCGGGGCGGCGAAUUUUCCGCUGACGCACGCGACGUUGGAGCGCGGACGGGCUUUUAGAGAGAUCACGGGUGAGCCAGUGUACUCGAUGUUGGUGGAUUUGAUGAAGUACGAGGUGUUGUUGCGGUACGGGGGGUUGUAUUUGGACACAAACGUGGAGCUAUUCAAGGACGUCGCGCCCUUGUUCCACCAAGCGUUACGGGAGAACAAAGAGGUGUUCAUGGUGAGCGAUCCGGGGGACUCGCGUUUUUUGAGCGCCGGUAUGUUUGGCGCUCCGGCGCCGGGCGCGAGGGUGUUCGAGACACUGCUCAACUCGACGGGUUGGUUGGAGAACGUGGACUUUAGUAAACGGUGCGUCGCGAACGCGAUCACCGGUCCAGUGUGGUUAUCGCACGUUAUCACUACGAAUGGGUUAGAGGACACUGUGAUGCGUCUCGAUCGCGACGUGGCGUAUCCGCUCGGGUGCGGGGAGAAUGAGUACGACACGUGCGUGCGCCACGUCGAGGCGCCGCCUAAAAAGGAUGCCGAAGCGCGGGCCGCGAUGGAGCACACCGCUGUGAAUUGGCGAAGUCUGAAUGGAGAGGAACAAUCGUUUUCGACGUAUCUAUGGCGCAAGUACAAGCGAUUGACCACGGGCUCGGAUUAUUGGAAUCCGACCAAGUCGGAGAGUGUCCUCGUUAAGGAGGCGGAUGAGUCAUUUUGGAACAUAUCCAUACCGUGCUCGCCGAUCGCGGACGAAAACCCGCGGGCGUACGCCAUGGAUCACUUCUCGUUCCACGGCGCGAGCUGGCAAGACGGGUGCGCGGCGAAGGAUCGACAAAAUAUGGUCGUUGAAUGGCUCGAGGGCAAUGUUCCGUCAAACGAGGAACUCGUCCAUCAGUGGGCCAUGUCGUUCAUCCGCAUGCUCUCGCCCGCACCGGCGCCGGCAUUGAUUACUCGUAUUCGAUUGCAUCAAUCCAAAGGGACGUACAAGAAGGCUCGACUCAUCGUCUCCAUGUCUUCGCUUCGCGGCGGCGCCUCGCUCCUGGGCGAGGCGCUCGCGACAGCGUCGAAUCAUCCUCUGGACUCGACGCUCUGGGAGCGAGACGGGGCGAUGCGCUCGGACGCAUAUUUCGCAAACUACAUCUCUCUCGGUGACUGGUGGUCGGUGAACACGCUUCCGAAAGCCGAUGACGGAUCGUGGCGAUGGAAGCUUCGAACCUAUUUGCUCGCGAUCGGAGUCAAAGAAGCCACUAUCGACGCAUCGCUCAACUACCCGGCGGAGUUCUUGAACGAGGUCCAGAGUAGGGCUUGGGAUGCGGGGAUAGACAAGGUGUACGUCGUUAUGAUCGGUGCGUCGCUGUACCACGACGAAGCCUUGUUCAAGCGCUCUUCGGUGACGUUAAAUCGCAUACUCAAGAUGGACAAGGUUGACGCGUCGGACGCUCCAGUGCUUUUAUGCUUGCAGCGAGCGAAUAAGCUUGACAUGUACGCGUCGCAGGCUCGCGCAGCGGCCGGAACGGCUCCUCUCCAGCAGAUUCGUGCGUAUGCCGAACCUUACGAUGCGUACAACAUCACUGUGCGCAACCUCACCGAGCUCGGCGCACGCGAGCAAAUCAAGUUCAAUCGAGUCGCUUUCAACGGCUUCGUCGAUCGCGACAAAAAGUGGUUCGAUUUCGUCAGGCGGGCGCUCAAGUCUACCGGCCAAGAGUGCGCGAACUUCAAGUACGAAGAGGACUUGGCGACUCCGGAGCAGCUUGCGCGCACGGUGCUGCAGUUGCACGACGCGUACCAGCUGGACCUCAACGCCGAGGCGCUCUCGUUGCUCAAACUCGAGCGCGUGAACGAUUACAUCCAGGCGGCGGACUUCACAAACAUCGCCGACCUCGGUCCGAAUGCGCUGCACUUCUUGAGGCGAACGCCGCAGGACAAACCAGUCAUCACAGAACUCUUAGCACCUAGAGACAAAUAG